GAAAAAAAAAUACUAUGAUUCUUCUUCACCUGUCACAAGCCAAAGCGACUUAUUUUAGAUUCUUUCCAUACAAAAAGAGAAAAAUUCCACAUUCUUCUGUCUAUAAACAUCUCCUCCCAUAUUUGCUGGAUCCAUCCUUGGUUUUUUUUUUUGUUUUUUUUUUAAUUGCCUGUAAAAUCGCUGUUUGUGUUAAGAUUAUGACUUAAUCUCUAACCAUAAAGAUAAAUUUAUUUAUGAAAUUCAAGAUUUCCGAAGAAGACAGCACCAGGGAUUCAUAUAUACGUUUCUGAUUCUCAGCUUAUGGAAUUGGAGCAAAUCCGCAUUUUGAAACCUAAUGACGAUGACGAUGAAGGAAUCGAGUCACCAUCACAAACAGAGGAAGAAACUAUAGGCGUGGUUGUUCCUCUGUCUUGCGCGUUUACGAGACAAGAACAAUGUGUGUCCGAGACGAAAGAACGCGAAGACUCGAUUACAAGACUAAGCAGCCUCAUCUUUCUUUACCUGGUCGUUAUGUCCGUACAGAUUGUGGGAGGUUUUAAGGCAAAUAGUCUCGCGGUAAUGACGGAUGCUGCGCAUUUGUUGACGGAUGUGGCGGGUUUGUGCGUCUCUUUGUUGGCGAUCAAGGUCUCGAGCUGGGAAGCGAAUCAGAGAAACUCGUUUGGGUUUAAACGGCUUGAAGUCUUAGCUGCUUUCUUGUCUGUUCAACUCAUUUGGCUUGUCUCUGGAGUUAUAAUCUAUGAAGCCAUUCAAAGACUUCUUAGUAGAAGCAGAGAGGUGAAUGGUGAGAUCAUGUUUGGCAUUUCUGCUUUCGGCUUUUUUAUGAACUUGGUUAUGGUCCUUUGGUUAGGACAUAACCAUAACCACCACCACCACCACCAUCACCAUCAUCAUCAUCAUCAACAUCAACAUCAACAUCAACAUUUUCACAAGGAGGUGGUGGAGGAUGAGGAAGAGCAAGAAAUGAAUCCUUUAAAAGGUGAGAAAUCGUCGUCAAAGGAGAUGAACAUUAACCUGCAAGGAGCGUAUCUUCACGCAAUGGCUGAUAUGAUUCAGUCGCUUGGUGUUAUGAUCGGUGGAGGUAUCAUUUGGGUGAAACCGGGAUGGGUUUUGGUUGAUUUGAUCUGUACUCUUGUUUUCUCUGCCUUUGCUCUUGCUGCUACUCUACCAAUGCUCAAGAACAUAUUCGGAAUACUGAUGGAACGAACACCGCGUGAUAUAGACAUAGAGAAGCUCGAGAGAGAACUUAGGCGUAUCGAGGGAGUUAAGAUUGUUUAUGAUCUUCAUGUAUGGGAGAUAACAGUUGGGAGAAUCGUAUUGUCAUGUCAUAUCUUACCUGAACCUGGAGCUAGUCCUAAAGAGAUCAUUACUGGUGUUAGAAAUUUCUGUAGGAAAUCUUGUGGGAUUUAUCAUGUAACUGUUCAGGUUGAAUCAGAGUAACACAAAAGAGAGAGUUUCUUC